UUUUAGAUCGUUCAUUUUAUUUUCGCCGUUGUUCUUAAAUUUAUAUAUUUUUUAAGAUUGCCAAACAAAAUAAAUUGUAUUAAAAUAAUCAAAUCUAUGUCAACAACAAAAUCCCAUUCUAAAAGGAGUACAUUCUCGACAAAUAGUACUAAUUCUACGCCACGUAAUAGGGACGACAAUUCAAGCCCAGCCAGAAUAUCUAGAUUACAGGAGAAAGAAGAGCUACAGCAUCUUAAUGAUAGGCUAGCAGCUUACAUAGAUAAAGUUAGACACCUGGAACACGAAAAUGAUAGGCUACUUUAUCAAAUUCAUUCUUCUGAGGAAACAGUGAAAAAAGAAAUUACUAAUAUAAAAAACAUUUAUGAAACUGAACUCUCUGAUGCUAGAAAAUUAUUAGAUGAAGUUUCUAAAGAUAAAGCUAAAUUACAAAUUGAAGCUGGAAAAUACAAAAGCUUGGCAGAUGAUUUUGCUAUAAAGUUGGGAAGGAAGGAAAGAGAACUAAGGGAGGCCGAAAAGGUGAUCGCCAACAUGGAAGGAGAGCUCAAUGAUCUCAAGGGCAAAUACAAUUUACUCCUAAACGACAAGAAAAAAAUGGAGGAAGAAAAUAAGCAAUACCGAUUGGACAAUAUGAAUCUAGAAAAGCAAUUGGCCGUAGCCAAGAAGCAACUAGAAGAUGAGACAUUGAUGAGAGUGGAUUUAGAGAACAGAAUUCAAAGUCUGAAGGAGGACUUGGAAUUUAAGAAAAACAUUCACGAAAAGGAAAUAACCGAAGUACGAACCAGGAGAGAAAUGGCGAUACGAGAGAUUGACGACAAAUUGCAAGAGGAAUACGAACACAAGCUCGAAGACGCUUUAAAAGAUAUGCGCUUUUACCACGAUAAUCAAAUUCAAAUGGCCAAGGACGAGAUCGAGGAAAUGUACCAAUCGAAGAUGGCCGACAUGCAAGGAUGUAGUGAACGUGACGCCGACGCCAAUACAACCCUGCGUUCCGAACUUUAUUCGCUCAGAACUUCAGAAGAUAACUUAAAAUCGAAAUUGAGAGAUCUCGAAUCGGCCCUUACCUCGGCCCAGGGCAAAAUAUCCGAUCUUGAAGAGAAUUUAAACCGAGAAAGGACCGAUAGGGAUCGGUCUAUUAAGGCCAGGGACGAGGAGAUAAAGAGACUGAGGGAGGCUAUGUCCGACUACCUGCUGGAAUAUCAGGAACUUAUGGAUAUCAAGCUGGCGCUUGAUAUGGAACUCGCGGCCUAUAGAAAGAUGCUUGAAGGCGAGGAAGCUAGGCUUAACCUAACUCCCUCAUCUCACAAAGCUCAUUCUGCCUCGACGCGCUCUUCAGUCGAGACUCAAAAGACUUCCGCUUCCUCUCAAGUUUCUUCGCCUAAAGAUUUUCAAACGCCCGUGGUUCACCUGACUGCUGGCGGGCAUCAAGGGACAGCGAGUGUAGGCGGUAAGCGUAAGCGAAAUUACGAAGAAACUUUGGAGGAAGAUACAAUGAGCACGAGCUUUAAAGCCACCAGAGGUGUCAGUAGCCAAGAGCAUUGUGACGUGGAGAUUGCCGAGUCAGACCCAGACGGUUGUUUUGUCAAACUCGUCAAUCGUUCUAACAAGGACAUUCCGCUCGUUGGUUGGACCGUUACCCGCACAGCUAAAACUAGUCAUAAAAAGACUACCCAAGAUACCGGAACGGAUAAAAAAGUUUCGGGCAAAAAAGAAACGGUCUCUUCUGACACGCAACUAUCGGAACCUGAAUCUGGAGAAACGGAAAAGGAAAGAUCCGUGAGUCAUAAGAUAACGAGGGGAUGCUUACUUAAAGCCAAGGGAGGUUCCCUUACAAUUUGGUCCCCGGGCCAAGGUACCCCGCCAGCUAACGACCCCCCUACCCAUUUGGUAGUUAACUUGACCAAACAUCAGGCCUGGCCUGUUGGGGAUAAUUACCAUACCAAGCUUUUCAACAAAGAAGGACAGGAAAUCUCUUGGCACGAAGCAACUAAAACUAUUUCUACAGUAAAAAAAUCUCAUUCUCGUUUUACAAGUGGAGGUAAACGUCAUCCAGGAUCCCUCCGUAAGUAUCACGGCAAUCAAGAUAUGGCUGACGGCAGUUACAAUGGAGUAUAUGCAGAAGGCCCAGCUGGAAGUGACGCGGAUAGAUGUGCUAUAAUGUGAACGAAACCUCGAUUCUUGAUUAUUAUUUAUAAUUUUAUUUACACAUUAUUCACUGAAAAUUUAUGAUUUCGAAUAAGUCACUUUACAUAUCUUUAAAAUGUCUAAAACAAUGGCAACUCUUCUUUUUUUUAAAAAAAAAUUGGUACUUGUUAUUUUGUGAUCGCCAAAAUAAUUUAAAAAUGAUUAUGAACAUGUUUCUUUCAUUCUAUAUAUAUUGAUUAAAUAUAUUCAUUCAUCGGUCUUGUCAUAAAUACCACCUUAAAAAACUAAAAGUAUAUUAUAUUCCAUACCAUAUAAACCUAUAUGUUUACUCAGAUCCGUCAUUUUUUACUUAACUAGUUUAACUGUACAUUAAAUUAUUUGUUUCAUUAAUUAUUGGUGUUUUUUUUUCAAAUAUAAAAUGUGAUAACCUCCAUUUUCUUGCCCCUUUUUUCAAAUUAUUAUUUUUUAAAAAUAAUUAACUAAAUUGUAAAAUACGAAAUAUUUUUAAAAAUUAUGUUUAUUUAAAAAUUUUAUUGUCUUUAUAAAUAUAUUUAAAAAAUUUUUUUUAAUGUCAUUUUAAUUUACUCUCAUUUUAUAAAAAAAAAAUUAUUGUAAAACUGUAUAUAUAUUUUUUUUCAAUGACACAAAACAAAAGUAUAAAUAAAGUUUAGACCCUA